AAUAGGUCAAGCUUUGAGAGAGAGAGAGAGAGAGAGAGAGAGAGAGAGGCUCCAGUAUUCGCUUUCUAGCCGAAGGAUUGUGAUAUUUCUCAGUGUGUUCUUCCCCUCUUUUCAUUUUUAUAUUCCUUCAUACAGAAUUCAUCCACAGAUGAAGACCCAUUUGGCAGCCCAUCUUCUGCUUCUGAUGCUUCUUAUUUCUCAGACAGAAGGCAAAACCAGGAAGCUCCUUACUGCAACCACUCCUACUACCAAGGCUCCAAACUCAAAGGAGGAAAUAACCCAAGGAGACAGUGAGGCCAAGUCAACAUUGGAGGGCGAAAGAAGUAAUAGUGGCCAACUUGGUAGGGGGAAAGAAAACUUCUCAGUCAAUUCACCUUCUGCUUCGGAGCAUUAUCCGGACAUCAUGGACAUUGCUGGGAUGGACUACUCUCCGGCAAAGAGAAAGCCACCAAUACACAACUGAGCAACAGCACUUUAUACACAUCUAUAAUAUAAACAUGGUCGUGCAAUACUUUAGGGGAACAAGAAGAGGAGAAAAUUGAGGAAAAAGAUUUUAGGACAACGAGGAGGCAACGAAAUUGGGGUUGGACAGUGUUGCAGAAAUUCUGCAGUUUUUUUAGGAUUUAGGAGUAGGCAGGAUCCUGUACAUGAAGAACUUUAUUUUUGUGUAAUAACUGUAUUUUUUUUUUUUUUUGAAUUUUUUAAGAUAAUCCAUCAGUUUUGGUUUUUCUAGGUGUGUUUUCGUGGAUAUGAAUAAUGAGAACUU